AUGCUCCAACGAACGUUUCGAGCAUACGGCCUUAUCCUGUUCGCCGCAGGGGCACUGAUCGGUCUCUCUGUGACUUUCCAACAACGGCUCUCACUCGAUGACCUCUUUUGGGAAUCAACACCCAACCCCAACGUCGAGGUGCAUGUUGAAAGCACAUACCGCCAGCAACUCGCUUCAGUGCGAGAUAUCGAUAAUGUCCCGCAUUCGCGCACGCUCGGUGUCGCCCAGCGCGUCUACGUUAUCGGUUUGCCCCGACGCAAAGACCGGCGCCAGCACAUGGAAACGCUUAUCAGGGCGAUGGACAUCGACGUGGUUUGGCACGACGCCCUGGACAUGCACUCCAAGCUCGUGACCGACAUUCUCGAGCGUGUGCGGUGGGUGCGCGCACAGAGCCGAAUCGGACACGAGUCCCAGGUCCCGGACCCACAGGGACUGGUCUUCAAGUGGUUGCCCGAUGUCGGAUCCGAUGCGCCCGUCCCUGCGCACGACGGCUCCGACUUGUGGUUCAUCCCCGGCCGAAUCGACCCUCUCCCGGCCCCGCCUGUCCCCGAUACCAGACCGGUCUUGUUGAGGACAUCGGGGGAAGACACGGUGCUCCCCGGAGAACCGAUAACCCGCGCCCAGGUCAGCUGUUGGUACUCGCACUACCAGGUCCUGCUCAAGAUUGCGCGUGGCGAGGACCAAGUGGCUAUUGUCCUAGAAGACGAUGUAGAUAUGGAGUGGGACUUGGAAAAACGAUUGCGCGGAAUGUGGGCGUUCCUACCCAAGGACUGGGACAUUGUUAUGCUCGGCCAUUGCAUGUCCAGCGAAAACGAAAAUCCACCGGUACGGGGACACCCGCACCUCCACCCGUCCAAACACGUCCUGUGCACACACGCAUAUGCCGUUUCUCGCUCGGGAGCGCGCAAAUUGGUUAGGUACCUCCGUACGCCGCUAUUUGCGUUUUCUCGCCCGAUCGACCACGCGGUUCAACAUUUCAACCACCACAAAAUUCUGAAUAUUUACAGCGUCGAGCCGGCGGUGGUGAUUCAGACCAAGGACACGGUUAGCGAUAUCGUGGACGGUACAGGCGGGUCGCAGACCGAGUGGUUGGCGGAUAGCGCACUCCAGCGCGUUGCGUACUAUGAAAAGCUCCUGCGCCAGCAGCAGAAACACCAGCAAUCUUAG